AUGGAGGCAGCAGAAGACAUAUUGGAGCUGCAGCAGCAAGGAGACGAUGAUGCAGCAGCAGCAGCAGCAGGAAGCACAAGACACAGCAGCAGCAGCAGCAGCAGCAGCAGCAGCGACGACUUCUUUGACGCUGAGACAGCAGAUGAAGAGGAAGCAGCUAGCGGCAGUUUGCUGCUCUCCCGAGCAGCAGCAGCAGCAGCAGAUUACGAUGACCAUGGAGACGAAGCAGCAGCAGCAGCAGCAGAUGACGGCGACGAAGCAGCAGCAGCAGCAGCAGCAGACAGUGCUGACGAUGCAGCAGAAACAGGAGAGGGAGAGUUCUCCGCAUAUAUGGACGAAGACUCCGACGCAGCAGCAGCAGCAGCAGCAGCAGGAGUAGCAGACUCAGCAGCAGAAGAACAAGAUGAACCAGCAGCAGCAGCAGCAGCAGCAGCAGCAGCAGGAGGACCAGACGAACAGGACUGGCUGUCUCCUCCCCCUACAGCAACACAAGCAGCACACCGAGCGGUGCUGCGUCGGCUGCAGCAGCAGCGAUCUACGCCUGAGGCAGCGCGCUGGCGGGUGCUGGUGAGAGCAGCAGCAGCAGCAGCAGAAGCAAAAGAAAAAACAGAAAUAGAACAAAGACACGAGAGGGAGGGGCUGCCCCCCCCCCACGCCCGCACCGUCGAUCAGCUCCCCGUCAAAGCCAUCACCAUUGACGGAGACACCAUUCUAUACAGACAGCAGCAGCAGCAGCAGCAGCAUUCGCUCCUGCAUGUGCCCCCGCAUGAGCAGCAGCAACAGCAGCAGCAGCAGCAGCAGCAGCAGCCGCAGGAGCAGCAGCAGCAGCAGCAGCAGUUUGUUGCGUGUGUGGGGUGUGGGGUGUCUGCGCAUACACCGCAGAAGACAAGGCCAACGGUGAACGUGACGACGGCUGAGGCUGGCUUUGACUAUGUGGAGACUUACUACGACCCCAAGCGAGACUACACGUGGUCAUACAAGCGCUACAACCCAUACAAACUCCCAGGGUCUGGUGAGCCUGAGGAGGAGGUUGGGGUGUCUCCGUCGUACCGCUUAGAGACAGAUGAGGACCGCCGCUACUACCUGGAGGAGACAAACCCUCCCCCCAGGGAGAAAGACGAUGGCGUGGCCAGACAAGCCACCAUGGCUGAAGAAAUGAUUGCGGGUUAG